AUGGGAUCAAUGUGGGAUCAAUAUGACGUGCAACUCGAAUCAAACGGAACUGGAUAUCCGGGCGAUCCCAUCGUCAUUGAAGAGUCUCGAGUCUGGACAACCGUGGUUUACCUUCUUGGGGGCCACUUGGACGCUCAGCCUCUUGGCACCGGAUCGCAUCCGAAGGCUCGACCACAGAUUGAGGAGAAGCCAAGAAUGUGA